CAAACUUUCAGCCGUUGGCCACUCUCUCAGCCGUCAACAACAUAACGCGUUUCUAGCGGAUCGGCCGAAUUAAAUCCUCGAUAAGUAAUGUGCUGAAAAGAACAAAACUACCAAAGACCCACUUGUCAUUAGAUGCGUACGAGAUCUUUAGCCAAACAAUAAUCACGUUCACAAUCGUCCAGAAAGACACUCGAAAUCGAAUCGGAAUCGAAGUGCCUGUCCCGAACUCGGCAAGCGGUUAGAGUUGUGUAACACGGGCCUCGUCGAGAAGAAGAAACGUGAACUAGAACUGGGUGUUGUUGCAGGUGAACCAGGAACAGGAGCAGGAAAAGCAGAUAGCAUGGCGCUUGAAACGGAGGCGAAGAAUUCAAAUUCGAAUUCGAGUGAUGCGACCGCAGCAGCAGCAGCAGCAACAACAAAGACCAGCGGCAAGGCCAAGGAGAACAACAACACGGUCGGCGGCAAAAAGAACCUGAACUCGCAACCGAAUCAGCAGAAUUCGAAUCAGAACUUGGUCAAUGGCAAUGGCACGGUUGCCGACGGUCCCGCUGCGAAGAAGAAAGGCAAGAAGAACCGCAACAAAAGCCCACCAGAACCCACUGCCGUGGAGCCCGUGGAGGCGGCUCUGAGCAACGGACAUGUCGAGAAGCCUGGUGAGAACGAAUCCUCCGAUGCCAAUGUGGAGAAACCGGAGGUCGGCGGAGCACCGGAUGCCGAAGCAGAUGCGGAGGACAUCGACCUGGACGCACUGCAUGACGUUGGAAUCACGGUUAACAUCAGCAGUCCCGGCUCGGACUUGCUCUGUGUGCAGCUUUCGAGCAUGGAGCUGGUGCAGGAAAUCCAUCAGCUGCUCAUGGACCGCGAGGAGACCUGCCAUCGCACCUGCUUCUCGCUGCAGCUGGACAACGUGACGCUGGACAAUUUCGCUGAGCUGAAGACAAUCGAGCAUCUGGAGCAGGGCUCCACCAUCAAGGUAGUUGAGGAACCGUACACCAUGCGGGAGGCACGCAUCCAUGUGCGCCACGUUCGCGAUCUUCUCAAGAAUCUAGACCCGGCGGACGCCUACAAUGGGAUCGACUGCACCUCGCUGACCUACCUGAACACCAUCACCCAGGGAGAUUUGUUGGACAAGAAGAAGACGCGUCCGGACUCUGUGGAUUGCACGCCGCCGGAGUAUGUGACUCCGGGCGUGUACGAACCGCCACUUCUGCCACUGCAUCCGAAUGUUAAGAACGCCAAGGGACCGCAGGCCCUCAAGGUGCUCACCACAUCCGCCUGGAACCCGCCACCCGGUCCCCGCAAGCUGCACGGCGACCUCAUGUAUCUGUACGUUGUCACCAUGGAGGAGAAGCGUUUCCACAUCUCUGCCUGCUCCAAGGGCUUCUACAUCAACCAGUCGACAGACGACACCUUCAACCCAAAACCCGACAAUCCCAGCCACCUCAGCCACUCGCUGAUCGAUCUGCUCUCCCACAUAUCGCCCUCGUUCCGACGUGCCUUCCAGACCAUCCAGAAGCGACGCACCAUGCGCCACGCCUUCGAGCGGGUGGCCACACCCUACCAGGUUUACCAAUGGGCGUCGCCCACAUUGGAGCACACCGUGGACGCCAUUCGCGCCGAGGAUGCCUUCAGCUCCAAGUUGGGCUACGAGGAGCACAUUCCUGGACAGACGCGCGACUGGAACGAGGAGCUGCAGACGACGCGGGAACUGCCACGCAAGACACUGCCAGAGCGCUUGCUGCGCGAACGCGCCAUCUUCAAGGUGCACGGGGACUUCGUGACCGCUGCCACGAGGGGCGCCAUGGCCGUGAUUGACGGCAACGUGCUGGCCAUAAAUCCCGGCGAGGACUCCAAGAUGCAGAUGUUCAUCUGGAACAACAUUUUCUUCUCGCUGGGCUUCGACGUGAGGGACCACUACAAGGAGCUGGGCGGCGAUGCUGCGGCCUUUGUGGCUCCGCGAUACGAUCUGCAUGGCGUACGUGUGUACAAUGCCGUGGAUGUGGAAGGCUUGUACACACUGGGAACCGUAGUAAUUGACUAUCGCGGCUUCCGCGUCACCGCCCAGUCCAUUAUACCAGGAAUUCUGGAGCGGGAGCAGGAGCAGAGCGUGGUCUACGGCUCCAUUGACUUCGGCAAGACGGUGCUGAGCCAUCCCAAGUACUUGGAUCUGCUACGGCAGGCGGGAAAGCACCUGAAGAUCCUUCCGCAUGCGGUUCUCAAUGAGCGGGACGAGCCCGUGGAGCUGUGCUCCUCCGUUGAGUGCAAGGGCAUCAUCGGCAACGAUGGCCGGCACUACAUUCUCGACUUGUUGCGCACCUUCCCGCCAGACGUGAACUUCUUGAAGCUGCAGGACGUGCAAAUAAGCAAGGAGCUGGUCGACAUGGGCUUCCCCAUCGAGCACCGCCACAAGCUGUGCUGUCUGCGCCAAGAGCUGCUCGAAGCCUUCAUCGAGGACCGAUAUGUGAGCUUUAUCCGGAUUGCCGCCGUGCAUUUGCAGCAGCUGAAUGCCAAGAAGCAAACUGAAAAGGCGGAGGAGAAGCAAGUGCCCGCCCUGGAAGAAGCGGAGUCGGAAACCAAAGUAAAUGGAGCCGAGAAAGCGGCCGACAAGGAGGAGAAGAGGGAGGACAAGGCGGAGAAGCAGCCCACUACCAGUGACACAAAGACCGCCGAAGCCAUGGUGAAUGCCAUCCGUGAGGCACAGUCCAAUGUGGCCACAUCCAACGAGGUGCAAGCCGCCGAAGUUGUUAAACGGGCUUGCGCAGCCGUUGGCUCUCUGAAGGAGAAGGAGUUUGACUUCCGCUUCAACCCAGAUGUCUUUUCGCCCGGCAUUCGCCACGUGGACGGCGAGGAGGGCACCUGCAGCUCGCUGGCCAAGCAGAAGGUGCUCGUACAGGAGGCCGCCGAGUUCCUGGUCCUCAAGCAGAUACCCGCCUUCAUCAAGGAACACCUGGCACACUCCUCGCCGCCGAUCGAUGGCCAGAGUCUGACGGAAUCGCUGCACAGUCACGGCAUAAACGUCCGCUACCUGGGCAAGGUCAUCAAGAUGCUGGGACAGAUGCCGCGCAUGGACUACCUGUACAGGAUCGCCAUUCUCGAGCUGAUCGUUCGGGCCACCAAGCACAUUUACUACACCUACAUGCAGAACACAGAGCCACUGCAUUUGUCUGCCGCCAUCAGUCACUUCCUCAACUGUCUGCUGACCAAUGGACCGGUCAAUCCGGCCGUGAGCAGCGAGGAGGCGCACAAGAAGCGCGGCAAUGGCGGCAAGCACAACAAGCACAAGUCCUCGAAGGGCGGCAAAGGAGGCCAGCAGCAGCAGUCGGCCGGCAACCAGAACGGCAGCUCGUCUAGCUCCUCCAAUGGCUCGUCCGCCUCCGACUGGACACUGGUGACGCCCCGUUCGCUGUGGCAGCAAAUCCGGCGGGAGGCCAAGGCCUAUUGGGACUGGGAACUGGACUGCGACUCGAUCGACACCGCGGUGUCCAAGUACGGCAUUCUGCGGAUCAGCCUGCUGCGCGCGUUCUGCCUCAAGGUGGGCAUCCAGGUGCUGCUGCGCGAGUACAACUUCGAGUCCAGGCACAAGCCCACUUUUGGCGACGACGACAUCGUCAACGUGUUCCCGGUGGUGAAGCACAUUAGUCCUCGGGCCACAGACGCCUACAACUUCUACACCACGGGCCAGGCCAAGAUCCAGCAGGGCAUGUUCAAGGAGGGCUACGAGCUGAUCAGCGAGGCACUCAACCUGCUGAACAACGUUUUCGGGGCGAUGCACCAGGAGAACGGCUCCUGCCUGCGGAUGCUGGCCAGGCUUAGCUAUCUGUUGGGCGAUGCCCAGGAUGCCCUGGCUAUCCAGCAGCGGGCAGUGAUCAUGAGCGAGCGGGUGAACGGCAUUGACCACCCAUCGACCAUUUUGGAAUACACACACUUAUCACUCUAUUCGUUUGCUAACGGACAUGUGGGCAUGUCCCUUAAGCUGCUGUACAGAGCACGCUAUCUGAUGGUGCUCAUCUGCGGUGAAGAUCAUCCAGAGGUGGCAUUGAUCGAUAGCAACAUUAGUUUGAUUUUGCAUGCACUGGGUGAAUACGAAUUGUCUCUGCGAUUUAUCGAGCAUGCCUUGAAGCUGAACCUCAAGUACUUUGGCAACAAGGCCAUGCACGUGGCGGUAAGCUAUCACCUGAUGGCCCGCACUCAGUCCUGCAUGGGUGACUUCCGCUCGGCAUUGAACAACGAGAAGGAAACCUACUCCAUUUACAAGUCACAGCUGGGCGAGAAGCACGAGAAGACCCGCGACUCGGCCGAGUGUCUGCGCCUCCUCACUCAGCAGGCUGUGCUGCUGCAGCGCAAGAUGAACGACAUCUAUUCCAGUGGCAAGCUGACCAGUGACCUGCCGCCCAUUCACAUCACACCGCCCUCGAUGGGAUCGGUCCUAGACAUGCUGAACACAAUCAAUGGCAUUCUGUUUGUGCAAAUUAGCCAAAAAGACAUUGUCAAGGUGCGCAGCGAGAUUGAAAAGCAUUUCAAGGCCAAUAGCGCCGAGAACGAGGUGAAUGAUGCCAUCAAAUCCAUUGUGGCUGCUGCCAACAACAAUGGAGAGGCCGAGGAGAAGGCCUCGAAGGACAUUAAGGAGCAGGCAGCAGCAGCAUCGGGCACGCAGCUAACCAAUGGCGAUAAGGCCACGACGACGACCACUGAGACGACUUCAAGUUGAACCCUCUAGAGGCAAAGUUAAACAAUUGAAAUCCCAACAAGUCACAAAAUUUGCCGCCUGUUCUUUGCAUUGUCUGUCGCAUCGUUAAUCGUAUUUUGGGACUGAGCUAAAUUAAAACAACAAUGUUUUGAAUAACUACAGCAAUGACCUACCAACUGCAACAUCAACAACAACAACUACCAACAUCGUAAUAAAACAUAAUUGUAUAUGUUUUUCUUAAAGGCUGCUCUUGUACUGCUCACACACAUCGCAUCGCGUCGUAUUUAGGAAUACGCAUAGAAGGUCCCGUAUCCAUUUGUGGUAUAUGGGCCAUUAAAAUACUUUUAGGCUUAGUCAAGCAAACUAUCAACAACACUAUCAAGCAUCCUAAUCCAACGACCCGAGUUCACCCCAAAAACCAGCUAUAACACAAAAAGUAGACCUGUGUUCAAACACAAAGUCGUUAGCUCAUACACACAUAUAUGUUUUGUUAACCAUUUGCAAACCCGUCAAAUGCCUUUUAUAGUUUUUAAUCGAUUGCACAUAAUUGUAUGCAUUGUUUUCUGUUGAAUCAACUAUACAACGAGUGCAACAACAUAUUUUACAAUAACGUUAAGAUGCGUACAAUUGGAAAGAGAAACCAGAGAAAUUAUUGAAUGAUUACGUUUUUGUUAUUUAACUAUCAUAUAGAUAUAUAUCAGAAAAUAUAUAUUAUUCAUAUGUAAUGCAUACACUUUUGGGUCCUUGGUGUGUCAAGGGUCGCAAGAACAUUUAUUCAUACGAACGAAAUGGUUUUUUAUUAUUAAAAAGGUCGAAAAGCGAUCAAAUAAAAAUGAAGAAGCUGCCAA